GUAUGUAUCAAAGAUUGCGAAGGUUGACAGCAAAAAGAAGAAAAUCUUGAUUCAUUUUGAAGGAUGGAACUCUCGGUAUGACGAGUGGGUCUCGUUUGAUAGUAAGAAAAUACGAGCUUUGCCCAAAGAGAAAUUGAAGUCUACAAGUAAAGCCAAAGAAUUUAAGGUAUUACCAAAACUGCAGACUCUUCAUUUUGCUUGAAAAAACGUGUCGUGUUUUCCUGUCAAAACACUCAGGAAUAUAAUUAACUACAUUCUUAACACAAUGAGUAGCACUGCUCCCCUUGAUGGGUGAAAUUGUCUGGCAUUCGACAGAGUAAAAUAAUAAAGUAAGGCACUUUGCCACUUCUUAAAAUGUUAAUGUUGUGAAUCAACAUUGUGAAAAUGGUGACAUGUGAAUGGCGUGUGAGAAAUUAUACUGAAUUAAAAUACUCAUUAAUAAUUCAUAAACCUUGUGGCAAAUCAUAUCGGCCAUAAUAUGUCACAUGGAGUGACUUUAUAUCUGAUAAAACACAUGUGUCAUAUAAUUAUUCAUCCUAAUUAGUAUCCUUAUAUAAAUAAAUAAAUAGAGACUGCAUCUUUUGUAGUCAUAUUUUAAUGUCUUGUAUCAGAUAUAAAACACUUGGCUAUGCCUCGCAUUUUAUAUCUGAUAAAACACUCCUACUCAUGUUUUAAAUAGUUUAUAACUGGAAUGAAAUGUGGUUGAAUUCUGGAUGUUUUGGUACUAAAACACCUUUUUCUAGUGAGAUGAAUCCCUAGGGAGAUUAGCUUGGACGUAAUAGAGCUAUCCGGUGAAAAUAAAGUCUGUUUAGUUGACAUCUAUAUGACUGUGUGAAAAGAUGUUCAUAUUUUAUUGGGUGUCAUUUAUUCGUUUCUAAGCAGCAAUGGAAGGAGGGUGACAUGGUAUCUGCAAAAUGGUCAGAUGGAACAUUUUAUCCUGCCAAGAUUGUUAAAGUUAUUUCAAAAGGUAACAGAAUACAAAUAGUUUGUAAAAUUUACCAAGUCAUAAAAUCAAGUUUAUUGUUAAGUUGAUAAUAAUAAUAUUUAAUAUUUAUAUUGUGCAAAUUAACAUGUUAUAAUAUAUGAUCUAAAAAAAAUGAUGAUAUGAUGAUUCGAUGUAAAAGAAACUAUUAUAAAACAGUCAUCAUAUGCUUUCAGAAAAACUAGGGCCUAAUUUGGAUUAUGUUUUUAAAAAAAUUUAGAUUUUUAUGAAGUUGAGUAUGAUGAUGGAUUUCAAAAAAUAAUACAUCAAAGUAAAAUACGAGAUCAAGAUACAGCAACUAAGGUGAGAAAUGUAGAGAAAAAAUGACAGACAGACAGACAGACAGACAGACAGACAGACAGACAGACAGACAGACAGACAGACAGACAGACAGACAGACAGACAGACAGACAGACAGACAGACAGACAGUAGUGAACUGACUAAUAUAUGUAAUAUGCAUACAGACAAGACUAGCAAACACACCAAAGUAUUAUUAUUUUCAAAAAAAUAUUUUCAUAUUGUAAAUUAUGAUGCUUAUGAUGUUACUCUGAGUGUAUAUCCACACCAGGCAAGCUUGAAAAAUAUGCCUGACCACGGUGGGAAUCGAACCUACCACCUUUGGAAUACUAGCCUAAAAAAUAAAUAAAUCUUGUAUUAAAUUGUUUAGCAAAAGAAGCCAGUGUCAAGUUCAGUCUCUAAACCCGGACGCAGAGCAAAACUAGCACAAGACCGUGCUUCGAGGGCACGCAGACGAAGUGGGAAAGAUAUGUCCAUGCUUUCGCCUCCAUCCAGUGAAACAACUGAACAAGCAGAAGGAAUGAACGAACAGGGCGGGGAAGAGAAGAAUGAUGAGAUUGAGAAAUCAGAUGUAAGGUCGCAAGACACGACUGAGUUGUCACGGAAACGACAGAGACGUGAUAGUGAGAUGUCACAAGAGUCUAAACGUCCCAAGAUUGAAGUCUCACAAGAGUCUAAACGUCCCAAGAUUGAAGUCUCACAAGAGACUAAACGUCCCAAGAUUGAAAUGUCACAAGAGACUGAACGUCCCAAGACUGAAAUGUUGCAAGAAGCUAAACAUCCUGAGACUGAAGUGUAAGUAAACCAGGUCUGUUGGCAGUGGUGAAGCUAGCCUUAGCAACAUAUCAUGCUAUGCAAAGUUUUAAUGAUUUACAAUAUAACAGGGUUUGAAAUGCGAAAACUCCCUUUUCAAAUACCAGAACUCUGUUUUCCAAUGCGAAAACUCCCUUUUCAAAUGCCAGAACUCCGUUUUCAAAUGCCAGAACUCCGCUUUCUAAUGCCAGAACUCUCUUUUCAAAUGCCAAAACUCUCUUUUCAAAUGCCAAAACUCCCUUUUCAAAUGCCAAAACUCCCUUUUCAAAUGCCAAAACUCCCUUUUCAAAUGCCAGAACUCCGUUUUCUAAUGGCAGAACUCCUUUUUUCUAAUGGCAGAACUCCGUUCUCUAAAGCCAAAACUCCCUUUUCAAAUGCCAGAACUCCGCUUUCUAAUGCCAAAACUCCCUUUUCAAAAGCGAAAACUCCUUUUUUAAAUGCCAGAACUCCGUUUUCUAAUGCGAAAACUCCUGUUUCAAAUGAGAAGAGUGCUUCAAGUUUGAGUGAUAUUUUCGUGUUUUGAUUUCAGAACAACUGAAGCAAAAUCUUGCGAAGUUGAGCCAACUGAUAAAUCAGACCAAUCCAUUCAUCAGACUGACGAUUCUCCCGUUUCACCAUCAAAUGAAAACAAAACAUCCAAGACAACAGGAUCACCACGUGGAACAAAUGUAGCUGCAGCAGUAAUGGAAGACGAUCUUGCCGAGAAUACCAUCCGUGUCACUCAUAUAAAAGAAAAUAAAAGUGAUUCCGAGAGUUCCAAACGCAGUAUCACAUCACCACUUAGUGUAGAG